ACGAACACUGAUGCAUCUAUUCUUGUUUACAAUUCCGCCCAGAGAGAACUGGUUUCUAUAUGUACAAUGAAUAUUCGCAACUGAAAUUAACUUUCCUUGCGUUAUAACCUUGGGAAUUUCACUGUUCACGGAAAGCUGUUAAUUUUGAUUCUGUUCCUUGGGUGUUCUAAUACCUAAAGAAAUCUUCCUUACCUUAAAGUUAUUACUCUAAUGUGCACGAUAUUAACCAUUAAAAGCUGCAUUUUCAAUUCAACUAUUUUAAUUGCGGAAAAUUACAACAUUAGCUUAUUUGAAGUUUUUAGAAACUUGUUCAGAUCUUUAAUCUUUGUUUUCUUCAGAAAAUACAAUCUUAACAGAAAUCUAGUGAUAUCAAUAAAAUGUUUGGGCAGAGCGCCUUUGGAGCCAACACGGGAGGAGGGUUUGGAGCUAAUACAAGUUUUGGAGCCGCCCCAAAUACCAGUAUGUUUGGAGGUACCCCGAGCACUUUUGGAGCUGCGCAGCAGAAUAAACCGGCGUUUGGAGCUGGAGGGUCAGCUUUUGGCAACACAGGAGGAGGACUGUUUGGAUCGAGCAGUGUCCCUGCUGCGGGUACAGGAGGAGGACUAUUUGGUUCAGGAGGAACUACCGCCACAUCCACAUUCGGUAGUACUACGGGGGCUUUCGGUCAACCGAGCAAUGCAUUCGGAGGAACUGCUGGUGGGUUUGGUCAGCCUGCUCAACAGUCGGGAGGAUUGUUUGGAUCUACAGCAACCACCCAGGCAGGAGGUCUCUUCUCAGGACAACCAUCAACAACAUUCGGAGCUACAGGAUCCAGUUUCGGAGGCGGUUCCACUUUCGGAUUCGGAAGCACCAACACCAAUUCAAACCAACAGCCGGGAACCGCCCACGUUAAAUUUGCGCCGAUGCAAGGUUCUGAUACGAUGAUGAAAUCUGGUGUUCAGACAAGUAUAGCCACCAGACAUCAAUGUAUAACCUGCAUGAAGGAGUAUGAAAACAAAUCAAUGGAAGAGCUAAGAUGUGAGGAUUAUAUGGCCGGCCGUAAAGGUACAGCAGGAGGUGGGGCUGCUGCAGGCGGACUUUUCGGCUCUACUCAACCGGCAGCCGGCGGUGGACUAUUCGGCUCUCAGCCAGCCUCCAGCUCUGGUGGACUUUUUGGUCAACAGCAGAAACCGUUGUUUGGUACUUCAGGAUUUGGUGGUACCGGGACGGCCGCCGCUGCACCAGCUUUCGGCAGCGGUGGAUUUGGCCAACAGACGACUCAGGCCGGUGGAUUGUUCGGAGCUAAACCAUUUGGUGCUACAACUACCUCAACAACAGGCUUCGGUGGGUUUGGUGCUCAACAGCCGGCACAGUCAGGCGGCUUGUUCGGUGCUCAGAGCAAACCGUUCGGGUCGGUUGCCCCUCAGCCUGCCGGCGGUUUAUUUGGUGCUGCUCCCACCACCGGUUUCGGGGCUAGCACAGGUACUUCCUUUACUGGUUUUGGUCAACCCGCCCAACCGGCGGCUCAGCCAAGCAUUGGACUCUUUGGUGCUCAAAACCAGGCUAAACCAGCUUUCGGUGGAUUUGGAGCAACCCCCGCCUCGAGCACGCCAGCCUUUGGUGGGUUCGGAGCUACCUCCACCUCCCAGAGCGGAGGUUUAUUCGGGAGCACCGCCGCCAAACCUGGAUUCGGAGGAUUUGGAGCGGCAACAACUUCUCAACCUAGUACAGGGUUUGGAGGAUUUGGGGCUGCCAGCACCGGCGGUGGUGGUUUGUUCGGUAGCAACCAAGCUAAACCUGCCUUUUCUUUCGGCGGCACUAGUACCGCCGGCGCCAGUACUGGAUUCGGAGGGUUUGGAUCAAGUACUGCCACUGGUGGUGGUUUAUUCAGUGGUGCUGCUAAACCCGGCGGAUUAUUCGGUGCGCCGACUACAGGGUUUGGCACCGGAACAACAGGCUUUGGAGCCGGAACAACCGGUUUCGGAACAAGUACCGGAACUUCAGCUUUUGGUAGCGGCGGGUUAAAUUUUGGCGGUCAGACUGCGAUCAACCAAGCUCCUGCCCCUCAGCCACAAAGCUCGGCGGUUCAACAGCAGCUCCUGAUGGCCCUAGCAACUAGUCCUUUUGGAGAGAACCCGUUGUUUAAACCAGUCGCGGAGACUGGGAAAGCAGCUGAGCUGCUUAAACCUGGCGGACUUACUGCCCCAGCUGCUCAGAAGCUCCUCGCUGCUGGUCAAUACAAGGUCUCACCUCACAGGAAUAUCAAGGUUCGAACUAAAGCUGUUGAUUCGACUAAAAGCUCAAUGUUCGACGGACUCGAAGAUGAUUUAUCGACAACGGGAGAAAUGUUCUCUCCAAGAUCCAGUGUUAAAAAAUUAAUACUGAGACCCAAGAGGACGGAUAAUGUGAACAACUCCGUCCUGUCUUCCCUGGGAGAUGAUCCAAGCCUGGAGAAAUCUCUAACCGUACCCCUGGAUGAGACACGUCCCAAGAAGACGGAAAUACCUACACGCUCCGACCCAGACCUCUCCAUCCAGGUGGACGACAGCUUCGCGGCCCUGAACACCAGGAAGAAGUUGGUUCAGCAGAUGGAUGAGGAAGUGAUGGAUAAAUCAGGACUAAAUACCUCACAAAACAGUGCUGAAUCAGAUAAGGAUGAAGAGGUUUGUUCCCAUCCUGGCGGGAUAACCCUACGGCGGAGUGGAUAUUAUACAAUUCCGCCGCUGGCGGAGAUCCGGCCAGACAAGGACGGAAACUGCCUGGUCGAAGGGUUUACUAUUGGACGGGAAGGAUACGGGAAUAUUCAUUAUCCUGGAGUCACUAAUAUAGCCGGUUUAAAUCUGGACGAAAUUGUUUUCUUUCGUCACAAGGAGGUAAUCGUCUACCCUGACGAUCAAAACAAACCAAACCUUGGAGACGGUCUGAACAAGAAGGCUCAGAUAACCCUAGACAAAGUGUGGCCGACGGACAAGGCUGAUUCAUCAAUCAUCAAAUCAUCCGAACGACUACGUGCCAUGAACUACGAAGACAAGCUAGUUCGUGCAAGUACACGACUUGGAGCCCGGUUCAUUGAAUACAGACCAGAGACCGGUUCAUGGGUGUUCAGAGUUGAUCAUUUCUCUAAGUAUGGGUUGGAUGAAUCGGACGAGGAGGAUGGUGUUGGAGUACAAGGGGUUCAAGGGGUACCCGGAGUAGAUAACAAAAAGAAGAUGAAAACUUUGCACCUUGAGAAAAGAACGAUUAGUUUGGACGUUAAAACUGAUUCAAGCAGAAUUAAGUUGAAUACAGAAGUGUUAGACAAUCAGCGUGCUGUUGAGAUAACUGAAUCUGACGGAGUAUCCUCAGACCAGGAGCAGGAUGUCGAGAUGAACGAGGUUGACGGAAAUAUCAACGCGCGGAGAACCUUACUCAGGUCUGCACUUUUUUCUGAAUGUCUGGAGGACGGAGAAGCUUUGGAUAUUCCAACCCCUAAACCUAUAAUCCUGCAACAGAGAAAUCCUACAUCAAACCUAUCCCAGGCUCGUCCCAGGCUUAUAGAAGAAAUUGCAACCUCUGUACUGAUGCCAAACAAGGGAUUAGGAGGAAGUUUUCUUGGUGAAACUAGUCUAAACGUGAGCUUACUCAGAUCCAACUAUUCAACCCAAUCACAGAGUAUUAAUCUGAACCGUAGUUCACAGCUGGAGAAUUCACAGCUCAAGAAUACUAUGAAUAGACUACCCAGCUACACGCUGACCGGUGGGUAUGAAAAGUUCCCUCAGCUGGCAAGCGCUCAGAUCGCUCAGCAACAACCUGCUGUUAUUACUCCUCAAUACACAGAUACAGACCUUCCGCUUAGCAACAGCUACCUCAGCCAACGGUUUCAACAGAUUGCCGAUUCAGGACUUUUCCACAAUAAAAGGUUCCGUGUCGGGUUCCUGGGUGGUUUAGAUCACGUAGAGAACCCUGGUAGCGGAUACUUGAACCUGGUUUCUGUAGAGCAAUCUCAACUCAAACCUUGGCAGCUCACUAGUUUAGAGAGCUGGUUACAGGUGUGUUUAGAGAACUCCGAGUGUUGUGUAGAUGAUAAUGGACCUUUUUAUUCUCCUUCUGAAUCUAUCAAUAAUUUAUAUACACAUCAUCAAGAGGCCACCAGACAACUAGAGGAAUGUAAUGAUGACGAGAGCCGGAAACAAUUAGAGGAAACCAGGCAUACCUGGAAUCUAAUUCAUGCACUGUGGGGUCAACUGUGUGACCUAGAGGAUAGUAUGAUGGACCUGGAUCAAGCAACCGGGAGAUUGGAGGGUCAUGUUGAAACUAUAGAACGGCGGAAUAGAUUCUCCGCCUGGCUUGAGGCGGGUGUAGAGGAGGCGAGUAGACGGGAUAAAGUCUCCGCCAGAGAGAAGAAAAACUACCUGGGCCGAGUACGCGCUCUUCUAACCGGAGGCCGGGUGGAGGAUGCUUGUGAUGCUCUUCAGAGUAAAGGAGAUCAUCGUAGUGCGCUUCUUGUGGCGCAGAUGGGCGGAGGCGGAGUUUCAAGUAAACUUGUUCAACAGCAGAUAGAUAGAUGGGUGGAAGUGAAGGCGGAUAGAUAUAUUGCGGCGGAGAGGAUUGAGCUUAUGAGUCUGGUCGCUGGUCAACCUAUUCAACUGGGAACUAUGGAAACACUGAAUACAUGUUCUAACCUGGACUGGCAGAGAUCUAUGGCUGUUCAUCUUUGGUAUUUAACCCAUCCUGUCUCCAGCAUAUCUGAUACCCUUGAGGUUUACGAGGCCGCCUGGAGAGGAACUCAACCUUACUCCUCUAGACCUGAACCCGCAUACUCAGAGGAACCACAGGGUAACAUUGAUGGAGAGGAUGGAGGGAAAGCUUUGGAUCUAAAAUAUCAUCUAAUUAAACUUUACUCGGACAGAUCUCAUAAGCUAGAGAGUGUUUUGGCACCAACCACACAUACUGCAAACCAGUUGGAUUUUAGUUCCUCAUGGUUCAUUUAUAGGGUGUUGUGUAGCUUGGGAUACCGAUCUUCAGGUUCCCUGACAAACGAUCGUCUGUGCUCCGAGUUUUCCAGUCAGCUGGAGUACCUGGGAUACUGGGACUGGGCGAUCUUUGUCCUUCUUCACAUUAAAGAUCCAGUUUUGCGUAAAAGUAGUGUGGAUGCUAUUCUUGAACGCAAUGUCAAACUGGAGGAUGGAGGACGGGAGGAAUGGCUGAUGGAUACCCUAGGCGUACCAGUAACAUGGGUAGCACGGGCACGUGCAGUACUGGCGCGCACUCAGGGCAAACACACCCAGCUCACAGAACAGCUAAUAAAGGCGAAGGACUGGAAUGAGGCGCAUAAACUGAUAAUAGCAGAAAUUGCACCUUCUGCACUUCUCUCGCAGAACUAUUCUCAGCUCGAGGAUUUUCUCACCAGUCUGCAGGACGCGGCAGAUGCGCAAAAGAUAAAUGGCUGGGCUAGUGAGGGAAAGGUUUAUCUGGAUUUUAUCCGAGCAGACACAGCAGUUAAUAAACUUAGACAAACCAGAGAUAUAGAAAAUCUUGGGUAUGAACUGGAGAGAUUGAAACCUGUGGUAACUGGUUUAUGUAGAACCAUUGCUAAUUUACCAGUCAACAAUAGUAAACAGAGACUUUCACAAUCAGAAAUUGCUAAAAAGGUUGCGCAUUUUAUGCGCGCAGUAUACUCCUUUGAGUCGAGUAGAGGAGAUGGUGCGGCGUCGACUGCGCGUCAGCUUGCUGAAUCCCUCUCUAUGCUCCCUCUACCCGAGGACUACGCGCUUCAGGAGCUGAGAACACUUACAAGAUCAUACCUAGCAGAAAUCAUGGAUCAGUAAACAUUAUGGAAUUCAUGAUCAAUGAUCAUAGAACAUGUAUUAGAGAAGAUCAUUGAUCGUGAGAUUCGCCUUUGUUCAAGGAUCAUAAAACCCAAAGUCAUCAUGAUUGUAAUCAUGUAGAUUACUGAUUAGUGAGUGGAGAGACCAAUAAACCUCUAAGAUCAAGUCAUCUUUAUCGUUGAUCAUUGAUUAGAGAGAUUAGAGAUCAUCCUUAGAAGCGACUUCAAGAUAAUCAAAUUAAAGGAUCAUUAAUCAAAUAGAUUUAUGAUCAGUGAAACACAGGAUUAGCUUAACUUCUAUUUAAGUUUGUAAAAUCAUAUUUUUAGAGUAAUGCCGAAAAAUAAAAAACUGUUCAGUAUAUUGAUAAAUGUACUGCAGUAAUAUUUAUUUCCUAUGUUUUAGGAUAAUUAUUUAAAUCGGGGGAAAAACAUAAUUACUCUUCUUAUCUCAAUUUUUACUCAUAUACCAAUGAUCCGUGUAUUGAUUUAUUUGACGUUUGAAUUACAUCAAUCAGUUCUUUCGUCCCGUUAUCGGUUUUCAUUGUUUAUUAUUAUAUAUCGCCGCCCGUUUGAGAAACCCAACACAUUACCAACCAUAUUAACUGGUGAAAUUAACGUGAUUUUAAAAGUUUUUUGAUAUUUUCUUGGACCUUUCGCACACCCGUGCAUACAGAAUAUUCCCUCUAAAGAAUAAGUUACGUUAGUAGAUAUCUUCGCUUAACAUUUCAACAGGGAUGUAUAUUUUCUUGAAAAAUCUUUUUUCCUCUUCUGAAAAUCAUUUUUUUACCAGAUCCAAAAAAAUCGUUUUAGGUAUUUAUUCGCAGAAUUAGUGAAAACUAAUAAAUUUUUGUGAAAAUAUGAUGACGAAACCUGUCUAUUUUCGUGUCCACUUUUAAUCCACCCCCCUCUCCCAACUUCAAAAUUCAUUCUUAAGAAUAUACACCCCUGUUUUUCAACAAAUUAUUUUCGGUUGUGAUGUAAUUCAUUGUUAAAUGUAAUUUUCAAAAAAUAAACGAUUUUUUUGUUUUAA